ACUAGAAGCCGCUCUCCUCUUCUAAACUGCGUCAUUCUCCCUCCGUCUGUGAACAUGGCGGGUACCGUGGCGAACAAGUGCAUAAGUCCUCUGGGUUUCCUCACCAGGAGGCUGUCUGCUCCGGAGUUUAUCACCCAGUGCUGCUACCACAAGAAGGUGGUGGACCAUUAUGAAAACCCAAGAAAUGUGGGCUCCCUGGACAAACACUCCAAAAAUGUUGGGACUGGUCUGGUGGGAGCUCCAGCCUGUGGAGACGUGAUGAAGCUCCAGAUCGAGGUGGACGAGCAGGGGAAGAUUGUGGAUGCCAGGUUCAAAACAUUUGGCUGUGGUUCUGCUAUCGCCUCGAGCUCACUGGCAACUGAGUGGGUGAAAGGCAAAUCUGUGGACGAAGCCUUGAUGAUUAAGAACACUGAUAUUGCCAAAGAGCUCAGUCUUCCACCCGUCAAACUCCACUGCUCCAUGCUUGCAGAGGACGCCAUCAAGGCUGCCCUGGCUGACUAUCGCCUGAAGCAGCAGGACGACCUGCAGGAGGCAGCCAGGGCCAACAAUUAAACCAAAGCAGUGACACUGAGCAGGGCGUCGCUGUUUCCUUCCUGCUGCCGAGAAGAGAAGUAGCAGUAGUGCAGCACCACCACCACCAAGAUUUCCUGCAGUAUUGACGAGUAAACCUAAUAUAUACUGAUGACACCACCGUCAACCCUGUAGCAGUGCUACACCAGGCUUCCUGUGUUAGUCUGUGGUCCUCUAACUGUUAGCCUGUCACGUAAACGCACAAUAUAAACACUGUUUGGGUUGUUCGUACUGAGAUGAGCCUUAUUUUUUAAGACUGUGUUUAAGAUUUUAUGCUUGAGGAGGAGUGUUAAUGGUGUGAUGCAUUCACUGCCUAAGGAUAAAAAGCAUUCCCACGUUUCCCCUCACUCUGUCUGCACCCCCUUGCACUGAUGUUUUGAUAUGCACUUAAGCAAAAUGGCUUGAAACAAUGAAAGGGUCUAUAUGUUUGAGUGUAAUUUAUAUUGUAUUUAGUAAUGCUUCCUCAACCGCCUACAAUAAAAGUAUUUAAAAGUAAA